AAAAAAAAAAAAAAAGAGAGAUGAAGUUGGCUGCAAUUUUAUCGGUUUCGUGCGUAUUAUUUUCCCUUCUCCCAAGCCUAACCGUCGCGGAGAUAAGACCGUGGUGCCAAUCGAGACAACAAACAUUUGAUGGUUUAUGCCAAAAGAAUAUCAUCACACAAUGCUAUAAUGAGUUAGUAAAAACAUUUGAGGGUUCACUGGGACAGCUUGGUCCGAUUGAAACCGGUUGCUCUUGCUUUUCUCUACCCCAGAACAAGCAUCUAUGUAGUUGUCCUUUUAUUCCUUGCCCUCCUCCACUUAAAAAUGAGUGAUUGUUGUAAUUUUCCUAUUUAUAAAUAUUUAAUAAUAAUGAU